CGCCCUCCUUGACCGCCAGACCUUCCCCUUCUGCUCCCCAGGGCUCCCGGAGAUGAGGCUGUCUCACGUGGCCGUGGUCCUGGGGGCGAGCGCGCUUGCCUUCACCGCCGGCAGCCUCCUGAAUUUUAAGCUCAUGAUCCAGAGGGUGACGCAGAAAAACGCCCUCAUCCACUUCAACGGCUACGGGUGCUUCUGCGGCAAGGGGGGCCGAGGGAAGCCGAGGGACAACACGGACAUGUGUUGCUAUAAGCACGACUGCUGCUACGAAGGCUUGCACCGGCAAGGUUGCCACCCGUUCAUCGAGCACUACAGAUACCUGAUCAUCAACAACAACGUGCUCUGCAAGUACAGGAACAGGUCGGCCUGUGCCACCCUGGCAUGUGAGUGUGACAAGCACGCCAGCCUGUGCUUCCGAAGGGAAGCUGCGACCUACAGCCACAAGCUCCGCCAUUACCCCGCCGUUUUGUGCAAAGAGCCGACCCGCAAAUGUUUUCCUCGCCCCCUGUUCUGAGCGGGGCUUGAUCCACGGCUGCCAUGAGCGGCGUUCAGACUGGCCAACGUGCCACCC